AGGAGAACGUGCGGCGUCACUUCCGGCUCCCUCUUCUCUCCUGGUUAGCCGGGGCGGUCCGUGAGGGAUUAGCUUGCGAGCCCAACUCCUUGGAAUCAUGGCGUCCCUUUCUCUUGCUCCUGUUAACAUAUUCAAGGCUGGAGCUGAUGAAGAGAGAGCAGAGACCGCCCGUCUGUCGUCAUUUAUUGGUGCCAUUGCUAUUGGAGACCUGGUAAAGAGCACUUUGGGACCCAAAGGCAUGGACAAGAUUCUUUUAAGCAGUGGACGAGAUGCUGCUCUUAUGGUAACCAAUGAUGGGGCAACUAUUCUAAAAAACAUUGGUGUUGACAACCCAGCAGCUAAAGUUUUAGUUGAUAUGUCAAGGGUUCAAGAUGAUGAAGUCGGUGACGGCACUACCUCUGUUACUGUUCUAGCAGCAGAACUAUUAAGGGAAGCAGAAACUUUAAUUGCAAAAAAGAUUCAUCCACAAACCAUCAUUAGCGGUUGGAGAGAAGCUACAAAGGCAGCAAGAGAGGCUCUUUUGAGUUCUGCAGUGGAUCAUGGUUCGGAUGAAGUUAAAUUCCGUCAAGAUUUAAUGAACAUUGCAGGAACCACCUUAUCUUCAAAGCUGCUUACUCACCACAAAGAUCACUUCACUACGUUAGCUGUAGAAGCUGUUCUCAGACUAAAAGGCUCUGGUAAUCUGGAGGCAAUUCAUGUUAUCAAGAAGCUCGGAGGAAGUCUGGCAGAUUCCUAUUUAGAUGAAGGUUUUCUGUUAGAUAAGAAAAUUGGAGUAAAUCAACCAAAGCGUAUUGAAAAUGCCAAAAUUCUUAUCGCAAAUACUGGAAUGGAUACAGACAAAAUAAAGAUAUUUGGUUCCAGAGUAAGAGUUGAUUCUACAGCAAAGGUUGCAGAAAUAGAACAUGCAGAAAAGGAAAAAAUGAAGGAGAAAGUUGAACGAAUUCUUAAGCAUGGAAUCAAUUGCUUUAUUAACAGGCAGUUAAUUUAUAAUUACCCUGAACAGCUCUUUGGUGCUGCUGGGGUUAUGGCUAUUGAGCAUGCAGAUUUUGCUGGUGUGGAACGCCUAGCACUUGUCACAGGUGGUGAAAUUGCUUCUACCUUUGACCACCCAGAAUUAGUGAAGCUUGGAAGUUGUAAACUUAUUGAAGAAGUCAUGAUUGGAGAAGACAAACUCAUUCAUUUUUCUGGAGUAGCCCUUGGUGAGGCGUGCACUAUUGUUCUACGUGGUGCCACUCAACAAAUAUUGGAUGAAGCAGAAAGAUCUCUGCAUGAUGCUCUUUGUGUUCUUGCCCAAACUGUGAAGGAUACUAGAACAGUGUAUGGAGGAGGUUGUUCUGAGAUGCUAAUGGCUAAUGCUGUUACACAACUUGCCAAUAGAACACCUGGCAAAGAAGCUGUUGCAAUGGAGUCUUAUGCUAAAGCCCUGAGAAUGUUGCCAACCAUCAUAGCUGAUAAUGCAGGCUAUGAUAGUGCAGAUCUGGUGUCACAGCUCCGAGCUGCCCACAGUGAAGGCCAGGGAACGGCUGGACUGGAUAUGAAGGAGGGUACCAUUGGAGAUAUGGCAGUACUAGGUAUAACAGAAAGCUUCCAAGUGAAGCGACAAGUUCUUUUGAGUGCAGCAGAAGCGGCCGAGGUGAUUUUACGCGUGGAUAACAUUAUCAAAGCAGCACCAAGGAAACGUGUCCCUGAUCACCACCCCUGUUAAUAAGCAUUCCCACGUGCUGUUGAGAUCUGGACCAGUUCAUAGCAAAGUUGUGUUGAGAGCUCAUCCCGUGGAAUCAAUCGUUACAUCUUUUAAGUUUGGACAUUUAGCUGACCUUCUAUUUUAACAUGGGUCUAAUUUAUUUGACAUUUAUUUUCCAUAAAAUCUAGCUGACUUAAAAGUUCAUUUCUUAAACUGUGCAUUAAAAUAAAAAUUUGAACAUAGUGUUUAUCUCUUACUGAUUUUGUAUUAUUUUAACUCUACUAAGAAUUAGUGAAUAUUUUUGAUAGAGCUCUGGUUUAAGUAAUUAUAGACCCUAAACAUUUAUGGAAUGAUACUCAAUAUAAGUCUAAACCAAAUGUCAUAACAUCAGUUACCUUUAGGUUUCAUUGCUGGGCUUUAAGAAUACUCAAUCACAUGUAACUUUUAUUACCCACUUAAUUUUAUGUAAUGAGAAUAUCAUAAACUAUUUAAUUUUGUGUAAUCUAAGGAUUGUUUCUUACAUUAGAAAGCAGUAUAGUGGUUUCUAUUCAAAUUUGAAAAAGUCCUGUUUGAAAUACUGUUAAAAGGUGCUUCAAGCACUUACAAUGCAAGUGUUAUUUUUGGUUCUUCGUUUUCGUAAAUAAAUUCCAUAGAUAAUGCGA